AGACCAACCUCCAAACUCUCUCUCUCUCUCUCUCUCUCUCUCUCUCUCUCUCAGGUUCAUUUGUUUUCAAGGGUCCCUAUGUCAUGCUCUCUCAGGUUCCUUCCCCUAUUUUAAAUGGGUCCCUCUGUCAUGUGUAGCAAAUAGUCAUAAUUUGAAUAUUCAAUAUCUAUCUCUUGUUGUUUAGUUCACCAACAGCAGUUUUUAUAGAAUUAGGUGAGGUAGUUAUACCUUCUCAAUACUUUAUCUCCUUUGAACCUGACUUUAUUACCAUUGAUUAUCCUUUGUUCUUCUAGAGUCCAAAUGUGACUGGUUCUCAUAAAAGAAACCAGACCCUUUCUUCUCUUUUGCUUAUUAUCAUCGAUGGGUUUUUGAUUUUUUGCACAAGCUGUGUUUGAUCUUUGGCUUCUUUGGUGCUGUUGGUGGGUUAGAUUGGAGUGGGCAAUCUGUCUUUGGUGCUGUUGUGGAUUUGAGGCUCUGUUACUAUGAUAGUGGUAUCUGUUUUUGCUUCAUUUUUGUUGCAUUUAAGUAUUGGAUUAAUAAGGUUUGGAAAGUGAUGUUCUAUCCUUUUUUCAUUUCUGUUUCUAGAAAUCAUGUUCAUAUUAUGGCAGUUGUGAAUCAAUUGAAGCAUUCAAUUUGGUUGGUAUGAACUAGUUUGGUGAUUUAAAUCACAUCUGGAAUUAGAGUUUGCAAUUUUGACUGCUCAGGGAUGGAGUAGAUCUUCAUGAACUAUUCCUGAUAAAUUCUGCUCGAAAUUCAACAAGUUUGAAAGUUCUAUAUCUGAAUUUCAUUAGUUUUGGAUUGGUUUGCGGCGAAAACAGAUGAAGAUAUACAGAAUUACUUCAGGGAUUUUGGGUUUUUCUUGUGGGAUUCUUGUUUUCGCAUUGGGCUUAGUGCUGUUGGGAGCUUUUUACAGUUCUUUUUUUCAUGGUGAGUUUUCGGAGAUAAGCAAUGACACCAUUGAGUUUUCGUUUGCGGCUCCAGCUGUAUUAAAAGGGUCUGGCUUCCCACCAGUUCUCGCUUACUGGAUCUCUGGUCAUAAAGGGGAUAAUGAGAAGAUUUUGAGGCUGUUGAAGGCAGUUUAUCAUCCUAGAAACCAGUACCUUUUGAGUCUUGAUGCUAGUUCCUCAGAUUAUGAAAGAAGCAAAUUAGCUCUGUCAGUUCAAUCUGAAAUGAUCUUUCGAGCUUUUGGAAAUGUUAAUGUUGUUGGCAGAAGUUACCCUCUUAACCUUAUGGGAUCCUCAGCUCUUGCAGCAACACUUCAUGCCGCUUCCCUACUUCUAAGGAUCAAUAGGGAUUGGGAUUGGUAUAUCCCACUAAGUGCCUCUGAUUAUCCAAUUAUGUCUCAAGAUGAUCUCCUUCAUGCCUUCACAUUCUUACCAAGGGAUCUGAACUUCAUCGACUACUCUACUAACUCAGGGUGGAAGAAGAGGCAAGGGAUUAAUCACAUUGCUAUGGACCCAAAUCUUUAUUUUAAAGAGAAUACACAGAUUUUCUUUGCUUCUGAAGUCCGAGCAACACCAGAUGCCUUCCAGAUUUAUGGAGGUUCUCCAUGGUUCAUUCUCAGCAGAGCCUUCAUGGAUUACUGUGUACAUGGGUGGGACAACCUCCCAAGGAAACUACUCAUGUACUUCACCAAUGUGGCCUACCCACUUGAAUCCUACUUUCAUACAGUCCUCUGCAACUCCCCUGAAUUUCAGAACACUAGUGCAAACAAUGAUCUGAGGUUCAUUGAAUGGAACAACCCUUCAGACAUGGAAACAAAUUUUCUCAAUCUGUCUCAUUAUAAAAGAAUGGUACUAAGUGGGUCAGUCUUUGCAAGACCAUUUCAAGAAGGCAAUCUGUUGCUUCAGAAAGUGGAUGAAAUCAUACUGAAACGCCGGCCAGAUGGAUUUGUCCCUGGAAAGUGGUGUUUGGACACAGGAAUGAAU